AUGCCUUUGCGAUUGAAAUUUCAAUUGGAUCCUUCAAUUGACACUCAACACGAGAACACGUCAGUUAUAAACACAUAUGUAAUAAGGACUGCAAACAAAUGUUACAAAGUUAAUAAAUACAUUGCAAUGGCUAUUCGUAGAAUUAGUUUAAUGAUUUUAUUUGUUUUUUGUCUGAAUGAAGCAACAGGAAAUUUGAUAGUUGAAACUAAAUCGGGGAAAAUAUCUGGUAAAGAAGUGAAAUCAAUAUUUCCCGGUGAAAAAUAUUAUUCGUUUUUGAGUAUACCAUAUGCUUUACCACCGAUUGGAGAUCUGAGGUUUAAGGCACCAGUGCCUCACCCAGGAUGGGAAGAUGUUUUGGAAGCAAAAAAUGCACGAAAAACUUGUGCGCAGUUUAAUUUACCACAAAGAAGUGUUCCAAGCUACGGGUUUACUGGCGAUGAAGAUUGUUUACAUUUAAGCAUACACACGCCAAAACCACCAAGUAGUGAAAACGCAUUGCCAGUUAUAGUAUUUCUGUACAACGAACACUUUAAAGUAUCAUAUAAUGCAACUAAAGAAUAUGGAAACGACUUUUUCAUGAGAGAAGAAGUUAUUAUAGUUACACUUAAUCACAGACUAGGAUCCUUAGGUUUCGUAUCAUUUGAAGAUGAAAUACUUCCUGGUAACAACGGUAUAAGGGAUGUAAUAUUGGCUCUUAAAUGGGUUAAAGAUAACAUUAAUAACUUUGGUGGCGAUCCAUCAAAAAUAACUCUAAUGGGUAAUUAUGGUGGAGGAGUGAUCGUAGAUAUAUUGUUGCAUUCGCCUAAAGCGAAAGGUUUAUUUAGUGCAGCUGUAAUGCAAAGUCAGACUUCUUUCCAUCCAUUAUACAUUCCUAAAAAUCCAAAAAAAAGAGCGAUUGCUCUUGCAGAUCAACUGAAUAAGACUGUUACGACAAGUGAAUUGUUUCUUCAACGCAUGUCUGAUAUAUCAGCGUUUGAAAUAACAAAGGCAGAUAUACUAUCACAGGACGGUGAUGAAGGUAGACUGUUUCAAAGAGGUACUGUACAGUUUGGCCCUGUUUUAGAAAUCGAACAUGACGAUGCGAUACUAACCAAGUAUCCAGAAAUAAGUACUGUUCCGGUAUCGGUACCAGUAAUGAUCGGUUUUAAUUCAAGAGAAGCGAUAGAAUUGAGUGAGGGCUUCUUAACCAUACCUGCACACCUUAGUCGUAUCGUCAAAGAUAUCCAUUUCAGUUUCCCACGCAGAGUCAACUACCAUUUGAAAGUAGAUGAUAACAUAUAUCUUAAAGCGAAUAAAUAUAUUAGAAAAUUUUAUUUUGAGAAAGGCUCCGGAAAAGGCAAUGAACAAGGCGAGCUCAUGAAUUUAAUUGAAGACAUGUUAGUUUUUUACCCAAUUGAUUUUACUGUGCAUAAAUAUACAAACAAUACUGAUAUACCUGUUUAUUACUACAUGUUUGACUAUAGCGGUGAAUUAAACUUCCGAAAAAAGAAAAUUUUAGAAAGAGUGAGAUCUUUAGAUGGUACGUGGGGAGCAUCUAUCGGCGAUGAACUAUGUUAUCUAUUUGUUUGCCAGAAACACAGAAAAGUUUACAGGAAAUUGUUGGAAUCCGAGGACUCUGAAGAAAUUAAAGUGCUAAGGACAAUGGUCAAACUUUUUACUGAUUUUGCUAAAACUGGAAACCCUACACCUCCUGGCAGUGACUUUACUUGGAUACCAGCUACUAAGGAUGACAGAGAGUGUUUAAUAAUAAGCGACACUUUAAAGAUACAGCCAAAUUUAUACAGAGAUAAAGUAAAGUUUUGGGACGAUUUCAUUGAAAAAUACGAGAAAUUAGCAGUAGAUGGGGUAGUGAAAGAUAUCAAAGAUGAAUUAUAA